AUGCCGGAGAACUCGACCCUAAAAAACCUAAAAAGCGGAUUUUCCGCUCGCGCACACAAGCGAAUCCUUUCCGCAUUGGGUGCGGUCCGGCCGUGGCUGGACCGCAACCUAGCGGAGUUUGCAGCUGCGGGAGCGGACCUGCCAAGCCGGGAGCACGGUGACACAGUCUAUGCGAAUGCCGGUGCAGUGCAUGUGCAUUCUGUGCGGUGCGGACGCCGGUAUGUGCGGUUCAAAAAGAGACAGACAAGGCCACUGCGGAUUGGCGACUGCAAUGUGAGCUUGCGUUGCGUCAGCACUUGUGCAUGGUGCAUGGUGCGCGGUGCGCGGUGCGUGGUGCGUGGUGCCUCUGCGUCGGACGAUUGCGGGCUGCGGGCCAUUACGGGUGGUCUACAUCGUCGCAGUGGGACCAAUGCAGGUGGAUCGAGGCGGGCGAGAGCGGGCGCGUGCGGGCGGAUGCGGGCGAGUGCGGAUCAAAGGCGGACGAGAGCGGCCCGAAGACGCACAAUGCGUCACGACGGGCGCGCUCGUCACGUGCCCGCUCCUUUGCGCCCCGCCGCAGCAGGCGGGGCUUUCCUUCGCCGGCGGGCCUCCCUCCGCCGGCAGAUCCUCCUCCGCUGA